GUUUACGCAGCUGCUUUAAGGUGCUUAGAUUAAAGCGCUUGUCAGCAUAUUUAGUUAAUUACACAGCGUCUUAAUAGAAGGUUCCUACACAAGCUCGGCAAUUGGAACCCCAUAGCUCAAGAUUGGUCGUGCGUAGUCGUAAAUAAGCCGGCCAAUGAAGCAUAUAUGAUCUACCCGUCUCCGUGCGCUCGUUGGUAGGAACUGACUCCCUACAAUGCCAGGACCCGUUUUGACGCAGCGCGUCGCUAGUGCCUCUAGUGGGAUUUCUGGGGCCCUGCCUUCUCAGACUCUGAGAUCAGGACCGACAACCUCCAGCGCGCGCAGUUCUGCCAGUGCUGGGACAUCCGCGUCCGGCGGGAUUCGUCGAACGGCAAUCGAUUUUUUGGUCGCCCCUCCGCUGGUUCCUUUGGCUAUGGAGCUAUCCGGGCAUGAUAACAGCGACGAACUUGGAGCAGCGCCCGCCCGCACGUUAACUAGCAUUCCAGUCAUAGCAGCAGAAUCUAAACAACAUGCUACUACACCUUCGCCGGCUACGUUUCCUGCUUCGACGUCAAACUGUGAACAGUCCAUGGACGAGCAGCAACUGAACUCUGAAGAGCCGCAGCAGCAAGGUCCUGAGCAACACUCUCAGCCUUCGUUCUCAGAGCUUCCAGCAAGCAAACCAGCUGUGAGCGCGGCUGCGGCGGAGGCGGCGGAGGCUGCGGGGGCGACGGCAGCAGCGGCAACCGCUAAGCCCCCAGCCGCCGCCAUAACUGCCGACCUAGCCCACGCCGGCUCCCAGAUACCCUCCCCAUUCCCAUCCCCUCCACCGCCGUCACCACCCCUGCCAUCCACACCUUCCUCCUCAUCCGUCUUUGCAAAACCAGCCUACGAGUCCCCUCCCUCCCCCACCGCCUCCACCGCCUCCUGCUCCUCCGCCGCCUCCCUGAACCUCUCCGGCCCUUGCGCCUCCUCUGCCGCCUCCGCCGCCUCCCCCUCCAGCCGCCUGCCCUCCUCCCCAGGCGCCACCGGCGGCGCCGGCAGCGCCAGCGGUUUCUGCGCCAGCUCUAGCCCCAGCGGUGUUGUCCCCUUCUCCUUUACUCCCGCAGCCUCCGCCUCCACCGCCGCUGAGCCCGUUGCUGAGGCCCCCACAACGGCUGCAACAGCAGCGGUUGCGGUGCCUUCCAAGGUCAGCAGGGAAGGGUGCGGAUGCGGCGGAUGCGACGUCGCCUGCCAUUGCAGCAACGACGCCGAAACCCCUCACGUCGCCGGCGGCGGCGGGAGGGCCCAUGUCGUACACAGGGCCACCGCCGCCAGGUGGCCAUGCGGCCGCUGGGGGGUCAGCGGCGGUGGCGGCGGCGCCUGCCGGCCCUUCGUCGCCGUACGACAGCCUUAAUCAGGCUGUGAAGGCCAUAGCUGUUGCUCGGCAGUACGCUCGGGAGACGGGGCCGCCGGGCGCGGAGGUGACCUUCCUGCCCUUCCACAGAUACAACUCCCACGACCGGCCCGACCCCGGCCGCUUCGCCUUCCUGGUGUUCCCCGUACGGCAGGGCCUGGGUACGGAGCUCAAGACGGCGGAUGAGACGGUGCUCAAUGUGGCCCGUGGGUCGGACCCGCACAAAAUGGCGGGGGCCAUCAUCGCUGUGAUGCUGGACAGGGGGCAGGCGGUGAUGAAGGCCGCGGGCUCCGACGCCAUCUUCGUGGCCAUGUCGGCGGUGGUGGACGCGCGGCACCGGCUGGUAGCCCGACACGGCUUCGACCUCAUGCUGACAGCCAGCUGGACCACGGAGGACACGGUGGCGGCCAUGGGGCGGGAGAGCAAGUUCCUGAGGUUCAACAUCCUGAAGACGGAGCCCGCGGGCCCUCGCAGCGGGGUGCUGCCCGCCCUGCCGCACCCGGCAGCGGUGUGA